AUGGCACAUGGGAAGCCUAUGUCUGGACCUGAGAACAUCAACUUCCUGGGUCAACCUUUGAGUUGGACCAUCAUGUCAUCUGAGGAUACGGACAGACAAGGUGUGCUUGGUGAAUACAGCGAGGAGAGCACCGAGACGCCUCUUUCAUAUCUCGAAGGAGGAGGACUUCUAUCAAAACACACAAAGAAUGAGUCCAGGACAGACAGCCUGAAUGCCUCCAAGACCAGUGGCACAUUUUUGCCAGGGGGUAGUAUGGACAUGUUCACCACACCCUGCAAAACAUUAGAUGAGACCUGGACUCCCACUUACCCAGAUGAUCUUACAUCCAGCGAGCCUCUUCGUCCCUUUUUGACACUCAACCCUGGCCUCCUCAUCCCCCUGUAUUCAGACUGGAACUCUGCACUUGGCACAUGGGGAUUUGCAUGGGAAGCCCACAUCUACGGUCUGGGAGCAGUCUUCAGUCUGUUUGGCCUAAUCUCUGUAAUCUGCCUGCUAGGCUUGCCCAUUCGAUGUCCUCCUGGGUUUCCCUAUUUCACAAUGUUGCACUUUUUCAUCCUGACAUUUGCUGGGAUCCAGGCCUUCAAUUUGGUCUAUGAUGCUUACAAUUCUCAAGAUCGUCUCCCUCCUCUCGUGACUCAGCUGCUCUCUGAACUGCCAUUGCCAUGUUUGAUAUCAGCUUUUUCCCUAGCCUUCCUUCUUCUUUCCUUGAACUCACGCAACCAUCUCUCACUUCCUCUUGCUAUUUCUACCUCAUUUUCAGCUUUGCCCAACCCUUGCAUUUUACUAUGCAUGUGUUCAUUUUAUUUUUUAAUCUCUCUGGGGUGUGUUGGCCUCCUUCAGCUUUUCCACAAUCUUCCUAAUGUGAUCCUUCUAAUCCCUCAGGGUGUGUUUGUCUGCUUCACUAUAUUUCUGUCAUGCUCCUACCUCAUCUUCUACUGCUUAAGACUAGUGAACUCUAAACAUAUUUACAGGCUGAAUGACAGUGGAGAGACUGGAGGAUCACCUGAAGUUACAAGACCUUCAUUUUGUCCCUUUUCCAAAGUGGAGGACUGGGAAAGGGCAGCAGGAGCUGGACUAGGAAGUUCAAUAUGUUUGCUGGGAUGUGGAGGUCUUCAACUUUAUGGGAUACUACAUGUUCUUGGUUUUGGGGGGGUGAAAGGGUAUGGGUUUCAGCCCUGGCCCUGGUGGGGUUACCAGAUAGGAUGCAGAUUCUGUGAGAUUGGUGUGUGUCUAGGUUUGUCUAUUAUUGGCUCACAUCCUGUUUUCUGUAAAAACAGCUCCUCCAUCAGGACCUUAGCCAACCCCAGACCAGGAUCUUGGUCUCGUCUAUUCUGCAGUUCCCCUUUACGAGAGCUCAAUGUCACUUCUCAAGAUGGAACUAAUUCUCCUGUUCUCUCCUCUCAUGAGUCCUGGACCCAAAGUAAGCAGGGAGAACCAGUGGUCUUUGAUGGUGUCACCAAGAGACAGUCAGAUGUGCUUCCUCUUUGUGCAGUGGAAAACCCUCCUAUAAAUGGACUAAACAAUGUCAAGAAGCUAAGCCAAAAUCCAAGUACUUUUCCUCUACUUACACCGUUACAACCACCGGACAAACCUAAAAACACAGAUGAGUCUCAUCAAUCAUCUCUGGAGAGUGUAGAUGCAGGGACUGACUCAACCGGUGACCUGCGACCUCCAUCUCCUAUAGACUUGUCUCGCAGUAUUGACCAAGCUCUAUUCAGCGACUCUUUAUUCUCUGACAGUAUAUUUGGUCCACAGAGAUUGUUCCAUGGAUCCUCAAGUGUUUCUCUGAGCUCUCUUAACCAAUGUAGAUUGAAUCAAGGACCCUGCUCAGCUGAAGAUAACAUUUACCGAACCUCCUCUUGUGGAAAAGUGGAUCAAGAAAAAGCUCUGUCAAAUUCCAGAGCUUCCCAGCCAUGUGGCAUUUUGACAUCUUGUAGUCAUGCAGCACCAAAACAAAAGGACUGGAAGGGGAGCAUUACUGGCUCCACUCAGGGUUUGUGCAGUUAUCCCAAAGAAAUGGGAAAGUUACGUUCAAAUUCUUGGACUAACAGGGGGCAAAACUUUGCACCAAGCAACUUGCCAAGAGCAAUCACCCACUUGUCUUAUCACAGGCGAUACCGAACACUGAGCCUGGCCUCCCAGAAGAGUCGGGGCUCUGGUCGAUUAGCAGGGACUAAACAACUAAGUGAAAGCAAGCAGCUGGAAUGGGAUACAGCUGCACAAGCAGAGUUUGUUGAUGUGUGCAGACAAAUUGAUGCCCUGAGUGUUUGCAGUGAUACAAUUGAAUUGUAA